AUGUCGAGGGUGCUACUUGGCCGCUUUGCGAAGUUUUAUAAUGGCGAAUUUGACAGACGACCAACGCGGACGUUGAUCGUGACGAACGGUAUCCUCAACUCUGUUGCUGACUUAUGUGCCCAAGCAUCUGAACAAAUACUAUACGACGCAACGUCAGGCGAUCCAGUACCACGGUAUGACCCGCUUCGUACCUUGCGCUUUGCAGCGUACGGAAUGGCUCUCGGUCCUCUUAUCGGGAAAUGGAUGCACCUGCUCGAGACGAGAAUACCAAUGCGCAUGGGCAAACCAGGAAAUGGGCUACAGCUGUUUAAGCGAGUACUAGCAGAUCAGGUCAUCAUGGCUCCAGCAGGUAUGGCGCUUUUCGUGGCGGCUAUGGGGACGAUGGAAGGCAAAAGUGUACAGCAAAUCAAGGACAAGUUUUCCGGCAUGUACUUCCCUGGUCUGAUCGCGAAUUGGAAGGUCUGGCCAGCGAUCCAAACAAUCAACUUCAAGCUUAUGCCGCUCGCCUACCGGGUCCCAUUCCAGUCGACCUGCGGGAUCGCAUGGACGGUGUUCUUAUCAUUGCUGAAUAAGAGCAGUAAAGGCGGAUGA